AAAUAAAAAGAUUUCUAAUAAUAGGAGAAAAAGAUUGUUUAUAUCUGUUAUUCAGUUAUCUUAUAGAAAAUAUUUUAAGUUUUAUAAGAGAGAAAGAAGAGGAGAGGAAAAAGAAAAGAGAAUGGGCUGAACCACAAUCAGCACUUUUAUUCUUGAUUGCACAGCCAAUUGAAAUGAAUAGAAUGGAGCUUUAUUUCGUUUCCUUUUUCUCUUUCAAUGUAUAUACAAUUGAAAAACAAAAAAUAGGUACAAGAAUAUUAUCUUUUUUACCGAUUGAUGUAUAAACAGAUUAGAAUGGAUUAUCAACAUAUAAACAAACGAACGAUCUAUAGACUGCCCGUGCCCACUAUAGUAGAUGAAAUUGUUUGUUGAGCACAAAGAAAGAAAUUAUUAAUUUAGUGUUGAUAUUGCGCGCGAAAAUAAUAAUUACGAAGAUUUAUUAACCUUACGUGCGCGUCUCGAGCGCCACGCAUAUCGUACACUCUUCGGAGUCGGCGAUCAGCUGUGAUAACAUGGCGGGCGUGCUGUUUAUCGUUCAGUCGAUUUAAAUUAAGCACUGAAGAUCCAGAAGGUGAAUCGCGGGCAGUUAUUUGCAUACGCUGACAGCGUAAAUGAUAGUGACGUGUAUUAGGCUGAAUUUUUAAUAGACACGAGAGCGUGUCCUCGUCCACUGUUUUGUCACUUGAUGUUGGACCGUCAAUGAAGUUGCUGUGCCACUGAUGUAUAGUCGAAGACAUUGCGACACUUUAACAGAGAUUACUGGCUCGCUCCGUGAAAACAGCUGACGAACAAUUAUUAGCUUGCGCUGUUUUUAAAAAUUAAAUUUGGACUAGGACGUCCUUUUGGACGCGAAUGCAGAGAAAUGUGCGUUUGAAGAAAUUAGAAACGGCGCUUUCGCAUAUGAAUUUUCUCGUGAACACAUCGAAAAGCUACACUGCUACAAUUGGAACAUAAUCGACGACUCGAUGAUUUAAGAUUAAAAAACAGUUAUGUUUAGUUCACGUUUUAGGAAAAAUGUACUGAUUUUUUUGUCGUAAUCGUUUUGAUAUCGUGUAAUCGCGAGCGUUUCAGUACAUAAAGCGCCGACAAGAAAGACGAGAUAACCGCCUUAAAAUUUCAAGAUAAGCGACAGUUUGAGUGACGUAAAAAAGAACGUUUAUCAUUUGCGUCCCUACAAAAGUUGCAUUACACACUAGCAUAUCUAUAAAAUCUCUUCUGGGAAGUCUCCUAAUCAGUCUUUCCGAAAUCACGCGACUAUCGAAGACUACCCGCGUUGAAAACCAAAUUUGUUGCAAACUAUAGUUUAAAAUAUUUUUUUCAAGUUCUUGAGAAAUUAGGUUUUUACAUUUUAAACAAAUUGCAUGAUUUAUUAAUUAUACAUUUAUGCAAAUAGUACACUAAAAAGAGAAACGGACGUGUGUGAUAAAAUAAUAGGAAAAAAGGAGAAGUUGAGGGCGGCCAAGAUGAUAAAUAAUCAACAUUGUGUGAUUCUUAAUACUGGCGAAACCACUAAUUAUCAUCAACCGGUUUCGGCUAAGCCCUCGGUUGUCUCGGUAUCAAGUAUUGACUCCGACGUCAGCGACAGGAGAGACGUGCGCGAGGAAUUGUACGCCGGAAUAUUUAGGAGACACAGAAAAACUAUAUUGGUACUAGGCAGUUUUCUUAAGAUGUUAAGGAAAUAUUUGGACAGAUUGCAUGCUCUGAGCCGGAUAUACGCUUUAAUUGCUUUAAGAUUCGAAACACACCAACAAAAGUUUUGGUAAUCUGUUAACUUACUGUAUUUUUCUGCAUUUCGCUGUGCAUUAUGCAACUGCAUUUGAAAUUUUAUCUUAAAUAUGUCGUUUCUCACGUGUCUCACGUCAAAACAUAAUGUUUAUAUUUAUAAUAUUAUGGACAUUUAAAAAUGAGAGAUGCUUUUCAUGCUCACAUAUGUAUAUUGAGAAAGAAUUCUUUUUGUAGAAUUUAAGAAAAUUUUCUGUUAAAAGUAAGAAUUGCUAAUAUUGUCAGUACAAUCCGAAAUGCUCUGUCAAAUCGGUCAAUACCUUAAUGUAUACCUGUCUGUGUUAUUGUUAACGAGCUUAAUAUUUAUUAGAGAUACACAACUGAGGGCAUAUGUAACAGUAUAAGAUUUGUAUAAUAUGAGCUUAAUUACGAAUAUCAAAUUUAUGCCUUAUCACUUAAAACUUGAACAUAUUUUCUAUUUUUAUUGGUUGAUUGUCGAUUGAUCAUCAACAUCUGUUAACUUAAUCGCUCCUCCUUGUUCUAUAUCUGAAUGUUUUUGUACGAUUUUUGUCUUUGUAUCAGAUACUGCCAUUAGAGACUAAAGGUAGACGUAAAUUAACGAGACUACUCUGGAAAACAAUCACGCGUUUAACAAUGUCCGAAGGCAUACCUAAACAAUUUUUUAAUGAGUUUCUAUUUAAUAAGCUAAGCAUGUCGCUAUACUUAGCCGAACCAUUCACUGUCGUAAGACUGAAAUAUGUGCUCUUUUGGAACAUUAAAAAACGUGCCAUAUCUUAGAAAAAACGAUGUUCAAGAGAGAAAGAGGAGAAAAAAGAGAAGUUUUCUUAUGUAUUUACGGAUUUUUGAAAUUGCUGAAUAAUUCUGAGCAUACAUGACGUGGAGUAUAUCUAUGCAUGUACGUUAUGCGAUUGCAAUUAUAUUCUGUAUCUAAGCCAGACACAUAUUUAAUCGAAUCGAAAAGAAUGUUUUGCUUUUGAAAUAAAACGGACGAUGGGAAGUAAAUCAGUUGCGAAUAUUAAUCUAAUUGUAGGAUAUAAAGUUAUUUGAGCAAUUGCGCAGUUAAGUAUACGUAUACAUGUGCGUAUGUGUAUGUAUAUGUACGUGCACUGAUAAUUUUUAUGUAUACAUGAGAUAAUAACGUUAGAAAUAUUCUUUUCGAAAUUAACCGAAAGAUGUAUGUACUUGGAACUUCUGUAUCUUACGGUAUAAUAGCUCUCGCGAACCGAAAAGAAAAAAAAGAUACAUUUGCGUCCCUUAUGCGCAGUUGCUUGUGACCAAUUUUUAAGUAGAGCAAAAAUUUGUACGUUAGUAGCGUUCGUCAUAUCGUUUGCAUAUACUUAAAUAUCGUGAAACAUAAAUAUCUACUAAUUCACGAAACAAGAUUUUCAUUAAACAAGGGAGGAAGAGGAGAAGCGAGGUUUAUAUUUUACAUUCGAUCAAGAAUCUAUGUAAUUUUUGUAAUGAACAAUUGUUCUAAUAAUGCCCUAAAUAAUGCGUUGUUGUAUUGGGAGAAAAAAAAUUUGUAUUAGAUAUCACUUUGUACAACGUAUCAUUAGAACGUAUGUAAGAUCACACUCAAUAAAGUAUUCAUAUUAUGUUUAAUAAA